UCUUCUUGUGGGGGAAAUGACCCAAGCCGCGCCCAACACAACACUGAUUUCUUACCUGGUGUUCCAGCUGGAGGAAGGUGACAGUCACGGGCUGACUGUGUGCAGAAAUCUGCUUUAAACAAACAAGGAGAUUGACAACAAAACGAUUAUAAUUAAGAACAUAACUUCAAAUAAAGGAGGUGAACACGAGGAAAUCUGCAGAUGCUGGAAUUUCAAGCAACACACAUAAAGGUUGCCGGUGAACACAGCAGGCCAGGCUGCAUCUCUAGGAAGAGGUACAGUCGACGUUUCGGGCCGAGAACCUUCGUCAGGACUAACUGAAGAAAGAGCUGGCAGCCACGAAACAAAGAAGCCCAAUAGAAUCCAUUAAAGAAUGAAUAGAUCGUCAAACAGCCAAUGUGCAGGAGGAGAAGACAAAUCAUGCAUUGGGAUUAUGGAUCAUCCUGACUAGAGGGCGUCAGUGAGCAGCUAAACCUGCAGUAAUUGGACUGGGCUGGAUUUCUUCCUCUGAGACCAGGAGGUGGUGCACUCUCUCUCUCUCUUUCUCUCUUCCCGCGUUGCCAGGGGAACAGCAGAACACAUUUUACAUAUUGCAGUGACAGAAAGCCAGAGAAUAAGAGACAACAACUUGAAACUUCUGCAAACAGUGGAAUGUUUAGGUCUUAAAGGCUACAGAAUGAAUAUUGAAGUGGUGGGCCGGAUCCGACCAGCCCGCAGACCAGAACAAGGCCACAGUCUGCAGAUCUCAUCAGAAGGCAAGACCAUUUACACAGCCUUAGGAGGAGCAUCCUGCAGUUUCCAGGAGGUCUUUGACCAGAGGGUCUCCACUCGGGAGGUAUUCAGCAGGACUGUGGAGCCCCUGCUCAACGUGUUCACGGAAGGAAUGAACGCCUGUGUUGCCGUAUUUGGUGAAUCCAACUCCGGGAAGUCAUACACAUUGAUUGGAGAAAAGAAUGACCGAUUUGCAAUCAUCCCCCUAACGAUUGAUUACAUCUUUGGUAAAUCAAAAUUGCAAAAUUUACAGGUCACUGCAACCCGGACUCUAUCGAUGUCUAUGUAUGAGAUUUAUGCUGAGGGGCUGAAGGAUUUGUUACAUUCCAGUGGAUUGGACCCUGCUACUCUAAAGCUAGCAUGCACUGCCCGGGAGGGCACUUUCAUAAAGGGAUUGAACCGUAUCACCGUCUCCUCAGCAGCAGAUGCCACCACCGUUAUCCGGCAAGGUUGGGCACGUCGCACGGGGGCUGUGACGGACUUUGGACCUGCAGCCAACCAUUCCACUGUUGUGACGCAGCUGAACCUUCUGGUGCAAGACCAAAACAAGCUCCAUCCAACCAAGUCAACCCUGCAGAUUAUUAAACUACCAGGAGCAGAGGGGCUGGCAGAAGACAAGAACGCUUUGCACUUUCAGGAAGCGUCGCUGCUUAACAAGCCACUUCUUGCCUUCUUGCAAGUGGUGAAUGAUCUGGCCAGUUCACCACAUCCAGACAGAGUUAUUAACUACAGUGAAUCCAAACUAACUCAGCUGACCCAAGAUGCGUUUGGAGGGAACUGCAAGACUCGGGUUAUUUGCUGCCUGCCCCCUAAUCCAGACCCGCAGCAUCUUUCGGCCGUCCUACGAACGUGUGCCUCCCUCUCUCAAGUGAAAAAUUUCCCUGUGUUAAAUGACCACUUUGUUGAGUCACUGCUGACCCAGUACCGGGCACGGAUCUCAGUGCUACUACACCAGUCUGGCGAGGAUAUGAGCACCACGUCUGGGAGUGAGAAAACCAAUGACCUCAAGGAUCAGAUUCGACGACUGACUAAUGAAAAUGUACAUCUUCAUGACAAGAAUGAACGAUUAUACUCCAAGCUAGGAGAGCUCCAGGGAAAGAUGGGACAACUAGCCGGGUCGAAGACCGACCUCUCAUCCAAGCUGAUCUUUAGUGAGGAGGAGAAACUGAAGAUUUCCAAGGACUUGAUUGACCUGCAGAUUCAGACAAACAAGAUUCGAGAACAAUACGAAGCUGAAAACUUUGAACUUAAGAACAAGAUUUUAAUUCUUGAACACAGAACAGUGGAACUGGAAGGGCAGAAAAACAGAUGUGUGAAUGAUUAUGAGGUGGCGAGGAAUCAGCUGAAGGCGCUUGAGAAAAAUCGUCAGGAAUUGGCAGAUGAAUACAUUGCCCUGAAGAGCAAUUAUCUGGCACUAAGAAAACGGCAUGAAAAUGAGGUUGCCAGAAAUGAUGAACUGAGCAUGGAGCUCCUGAACUUGGCCAACUCCAGGAAUUCCCUGAUCAGAGAACAGGACCAGUAUGUGAAAUCCCGAGCCAUCUAUGACGAAGCUGCAGAAGAGCUGAGCAGAGUGAAGGACCUUGUGGCUCGGCUCAGCAACGAGAAGAACGAAGAGGUUAAGGAAUACGAGCAUUCCAAGCUUGAGAGAUAUUUGUUAGGAAACCAGGAUCAAAUCAAAGAACAAAUAGAAGAAAUGAAGCAAAACCAUGCAAAGCAGCAAAAUGCAAUGGAAGAACAGAUUGUUAAGCUGGGCAAAGAACUUCAAGAGGCCAAAAGGGCUAUUCGAAACACACAGCACAGACUGGCAGAGCAGACAGCGGCAUUGCUGAGUUCUCAGAGUCAACUGAAAGAGAUGCAAACCGAGAACUCCCAGCUGCAGCUCCGACUGAAAGAACUAAGUGAAGAAUAUCGCAUGCGACUUGUCCGCUACAUUGAAGAUGUUACUGACUAUUUGGAUAAUUCAGUGAAGCCUAGCAAUGAUGACACUGAACCCUCAACAGACCCACCUCACCUGAAGAAGUUUGUGGACAGCAUGCUCAAGGACAUACGAUCUGUCUACAGAUCGCGAGAGGAACAGCUGGCUACGGCAGCCAGAAGUUACAAGAAAAGGAUGCAGGACGUGUUCAAGAAACAUGAAUAUCUCCUGAUCGCAUACAGAAUGCAGCGGGAACAGAUUUUAUCAUUGGGCAACAAGGAACUGGAUCCUGGUCCUUCAGAAAUAACCUUUGCCAUCACUUACAGUGAACUUCUGAACCAUCAGAGUCAGGAGAUGAACAGAUUACGCGAGGAUAAAGCUCGCCUGGAAGGACAACUCCGAGACCUUCAGGAGAAGAUAAGACUCGGUGGGAGUUCUGCACCGGCUGCAUCUUCCUUUGUAUUGGAAACUGGUGGCAAAUCUGAUAAUGAAGGCUGGAGUGAACUAAAGAAACAGCUGAGAGAGUUCACGUUUACCACACAGGAAGAAUUGGAACGUGAGCGCGCUGAGUUGAAUUCGCGGGUCAUCAUUGCAGAGGAGCAGCUGGCUGAGCUGCAGGAAUAUGUGGACAAGCACCUAGGCAGGUACAAGCAAGAAAUUACUCGCCUCAGAAAACUUGUUGGAAAUGAAGAAUCAAGAGGUCAACGCUAGGAGCCUCCACAGAAAUCACACCAGAACCUCAGAUAUGAAAAAUAGUAAAGUAACUCCUAAUGUUGUCAGCAAUUUUCUGAAUGGUUAUUUCAAGGCACUGGAAAUAUUAGGAUUAGUGAAUUUACAUAGUAAUGCAUUUAUCAUGGCAUUGUUAUAAAAUAAGAUUAAUACUUCCUACCCAUAGACUACCCAUUAAUAAGUUCCCACAGACUUACAAACAAAUUGACCAUAUAUAGGCAGAGAGAAAGCCAUUCAGGAACACAGGCCGAUUGUAUGUACACUUAGUGGCCACUUUAUUAGAUACAGGAGGUACCUAACAAAGUGCCACUAGGUGUAUUCCUGUACGUUCAUGGUCUUCUUCUGCUGUAGCCCAUCUGCUUCAAGGUUCAAUGUGUUUUGUGUUCAGAGAUGCUCCUCUGCCCACCACUGUUAUAGUGCAUAGUUAUUUGAGUUACUGUCAAAGUCCUGUCAGCUUGAACUAGUCUGGCCAUUCUCCUCUGAUCUCUCUCAUUAAUAAGGUGAUUUUGCCCUUAGAACUGCUGCUCACUGGAUGGUGUUUUUUUUUCCCAUACCAUUCUCUCUAAACUAGGCACUGCUGAUCUCCUGUUUCAGAGAAUCUCAAGCUACCCUGUCUGGCACCUACAACCAUUCCACAGUCAGUCACUUAGAUCACAUUUCUUCCCUAUUCUGAUGUUUAGUCUGAACAACAACUGAACCUCUUAACCCUGUCUGCAUGCUUUUAUGCAUUAAGUAGCUGCCACAUGAUUGGAUGAUUAGAUAUUUGCAUUAACGAGAUGUACGGGUGGUUACUGAGUGUUUAUCAUAAUUGUACUUACCAAAUUUGUUUCCUUAAGCCUUAAUCUUCUUACCUCUCAAAAUGCUAUCAAUCUCAUUUCUGAAAUGUUCAAUUAAUCCCCAGCAUCUUCAACUUUCUCGGAAGAGAGUUUUCCAGAGGCAUUCCCAAUGCUUUUUAAUCACUUCUGAAUCGGUAUGGUUCACUUCUUAAUUGGUUUGAUUGGUGUGGUAUGGAUUGGACUCAUUUUUAGAGGGCCCUGCAGUUCACGUUAUGUGUGUUUCUGGUUUCCGGUUACAUCUUUUAUAUUGCUAUUUUCCCCAUGAUUUUGAUCAGGACACUUCGACGCAGACUGGUUCUGCGGCCUACAUUUAAUGAAUGACAAGCGCUAAAUUGAACUGAACAGAACUACACUGAACAUUCCUAGACUACUUCAAGAACUCUGCAGUUUGAUGUUUAAUAUUCUGGGUGUUAUUCACUCAUUUGUUGCUGUUUGUUCUUUUUAUUGUACAUUGGGUGUUUGAUGGUUUCUUUGACCAGGUUCCAUGGUGUUUCUUUGUUUUGUGGCUGCCUGUGGGAAAAGAAAUCUCAGGGUUGUAUACUGCAUACAUACUUUGACAAUGAAUGAGCUUUGAAUAUUUGCACUUUGAUUAGUCCCACAUUCACAGAUGGUGAUGCAGGAUUCUGAACAUAUUGAAUGAUGAGUUGUACUUAAUCUCCUUUGUUAAUGUCAGUCAUUUAAAAAGCACCUUUGGAGUAUUUGAAAAGCAUUCGUUAAAAGAUAAUGUCUGAAUUAAAUAAUUUCUUUCUGAAAUGUAUUAUCAAAUUAAGCCUUUAUUCAGCUUGACGCAUUUUUCUGCCUCACUGCCUUUAACAAGUUUACAUUUAGAAUAAUAGACAACUUGAAGUCAUUACGGCAUUGCAGACAUCUUGAAUGGUUCACACUGAGUCACAAGAUACAAGCAAUUUAUGCUCGAUUCCAGAAUGAAAUCAAUCCAUUCUUCUCUGUCAUAUCCCAACAAAUUGAGGCUAUUUCAUAAUUAUUUUAGUUCAUUUUUGGUGGAUAUUGACAUUAUACAACAAUGCUAAUUUGUCCAAUUAAGGAAUAAUUAUAUUGAAUUUUUCAAUUCUACAACUGACUCAAGGGAAUAGUAUAACAUGUGUCAUAUAAUUAAUAGAUUGCAAAAGCAAUUACAGUUGCUGUUGUGCUAGGUUUUUCUCCUGAAUACAAAAAUGUGAAGACCAUCUUUUUGUCCUUGUUUCCUACCUCAAGAAGUCAAUGCCUGGAGCUCAGGUGUUUUAUAAGAUUGCUGAUAAUCAACAGAAAAUGUGUUGUAGCCAUUAGCUGGUAAAAAUUGAUCACUGACUGGGAGAAUUAGUUUGUAUAAUCAAGUUUGUAGUAAUAUUUAAAUAUGCAAUUGGAAUUAGUUUAUGAUUGUCACAUGUAAUGAGACAGAGUGGAAAGCUUAGUCUUGUAUAAUGUUCAUACAGCACAUCAUUACACAGUGCAUUGAGGUAGUACAAGGUAAAACAAUUAGAGAAUGCAGAAUGAAGUGUAACAGCUACAGGGAAAGUGCCGUGCAUGUAAAGCAAUAUAGUGCAAGAUCAUAACAAAGUAGAUCAAAUCAAGGAACCAUUCAAUAGUCUUAUCACAGCGGGGCAGAAGCUGUUCUCUGGCCUGAUGGAAUGUGCUUUUCAGGCUUUUGUAUGAUUAGCCCAAUGGGAGGGGGGAGAAGGGAGAAUAUCUGGGGUGGAUGGGGACUUUGAUUGUGCUGGCUGCUUUACUGAGUCCACGGAGGGGAGAUUGGUCUCCAUGAUGUGCUGAGCUGUGUCCACAACUCUGCAAUUUAUUAUAUUUAUUUAGAGCAGAGCAAUGUCAAGCCAUUAUACAUCUAUGGUGUGUCUUUAAAAAGUAGUAAGGGUCAACGAGAGCAUGCCAUAUUUCUUUAGCCUCCUGAGGAAGUAGAGGCAUUGGAGAGCUUUCUUGGUUGCAGCGUCUACAUAGUUGGACCAGGGGAGGGUGAAGCAAAGUAUUCUAUUUUGACCUUCUCCACUUCUAAGUACCUGCCUUUUCCAGAGUUUCCUGAGCAUUGGGCUUCAUGUGGGAAUGCAAUUUCCAUACUAACCUGCACCCCGAGUGCCCGUAGGACUUAAAGCUAACUCUACCCCUCAUCUUAAAUUAGAGUGCUUUCCAGCUGCGAUGGAGGUGAGAGGCAAUUUAUAUUCUCACCUAUCUCAAAGAUUGAGUUUUCUUCCAGUUCUCCUCCUUUGACUCCAUGCUUAUUCCCUGGUCCAGUCCCCUAACCAAUUAUGUUUAUAGUGACAGUUCUGAUGCCCUCUAUCACUUUAACAGUUUCCAAUUCCUAAUCUUUAUCACAGAUUGUUUGUAUCUCCAACCUACAUCAGGAUGGUUUGACACCCCUCUCUUUCUUCCAUCUACAGAGGCCCAACAAGUUCCCUUCCACCAACACAGGCAUUCCAUGCCCUGAACCUGUUCUCACAUUGAAUAACUCCUAUUUCACCUUCGGUAGCGCAAUCACUUUACAAUGCCUGCAAUUGCUGAUUGGGGUUCAAUUCCAGCCACUGCAUGGAAAGAGUUUUUACAUUCUCCCCAUGACCGUGUAGCAUUCCACUUGAUGCUCCAGUUUUCUCCCAAAUCCAAAGAUCUAUGGUUAGGGUUAGUGAGUUGUGGGCAUGCUAUGCUGAUGAUACUUGUGGGUGUCCCAACACGAUCCUCGGGUUGUUGAUGCAAAACAACCCAUUUCACUGCAUACUUCGAUGUACAUGUGACAAUAAUCUUUAUCAUACACUUUCUCGAGAUUAAAGGUUUUGUCAUGGGACCGUGCAUGGGCCCAAGCUGUGACUGUCUUCCAGUAAAAUAUGAUGAGCAUCUUCUCUUUGGUCCUGCUGCAGUAUUCUUCCAUUCAUUAACUGUGUAUCAGUGCUGCUUCUUGCAUUUGUAUCAAACCCCAAAAUUUCUUAACUUUUUAUGAGUUUCUACAUAGCUCUCUCCAUGAAAUCAAUCUGACUCUUCUCCUCCUCUUUUGCCAUUAUUAUCUGACCCAGAGAAUCUUCUGCCAUUGCCCUGGUCAACGCAAUGAUAGAGUUCCCUUACUUGUUACUUUCCACUCUACCAGCUCCACAUUCAAUGGAUCAUAUUCCACAGUUUCUAUCAGUUCUAACAAGAUUCCACCACCAGACACACACUAUACCAUCCUGCUGAGCACUGGUGCCCCUCGACGUUGUGUGCUCAAUCCGCUGCUCAUGAUUGCACUGCCCGAUUUAGCUCAUGUCGGCUGCUGAUACUGUAGUGGUUGUCCUCAUCAGCAACAGUGAUGAGCUGGCAUACAGAUGAGGCUUAUCAAGUAGUGUGAGAACAACAGUCUGAGUCUCAACAUGGAUACUUACCACCCAUCCUACAAUUUCUAUGACCCACUACCAUCAAAAAGGAGGUACAGAGCAUCAGGACUAGGACUGUAACAGCUUCUGCCCCCAGGCUGUGAGACUAAUAAAUACCCGGCCACCACCGAGGUCUCAUCAGUAGGACAGUGAGACGUUUACUGUUUAUCUGCGCUGCACUUUACUAUGAGCAUUUUGAAUUAUAUUCUAUUAACUUAAUUAUAAUAUUUUGGUUUGUGGGCUGUGUGUGAUAUGUGUUGUGUGGGUGCACCGUGGUCUGGAGGAAUGUGGUUUCAUUGGUUGUAUGUACAGUCAGAUGACAAUAACCUUGAUCUCCCCAUUUCAGCAUUUUGCAGGGACCAUUUUUUUUGUGAUCUCUUAAAUCAAUCUUGACUUCAUCCGUCACUCCCACUUUCAUAGUACUUUCUCGAGCAACCGCAAGAGGUACAACACCAGCUCUUUCAUUCAUCUCUUUCCACCAUUCAGGGAUCCAAACAGUCUUUCAAGCAAAGUGACAAUGGACUCACACUUUUUCCAAGCCAGUGUACUGCAUUUGGUACUUACAACGCAGUCUCCUCUGCACUGGAGAAACCAAAUGGUAAUAGGUGACCAUUCGGUGCAGCAACUUUCAUUCUGUCUGCACAGGUGACCCUGAUCUUCCAGUUAUUUGCACUUUAACUCUCAUCUGUCUUCCACUCUGACCCAUCUGGUCAUGGUCCUCUGCACUAUUCUGAUGGAAGCUCAUUGUAAACUCAAGCAAAAGCAUUAUCAUGGUCCAUCUAGACCACUUGACAACACUGAGAUUCAGAUUCAUUUAUUUAUCACAUGUACAUCGAAACAAACAGCAAAAUGUGUCAUUUGCAUUAACUAACACAACCAAAAGAUAUGCUUUGGGCAAACCUGCAAAUGUCACCACACAGCUAAAAUGCCAUGCCAAUAAGUUCAGAACUACACAAGCAACAAAAAUAAGAUGGCAAAACAAGCUUCUUCCUUCCCUCUCACGCACAGAGGAUAGGCUGAUUCAGGGUCUCCAACCUCCAGUCCUUGGCCUGGAGUCUCAGUUGUCAGGCCUCCGACUGCCAGACACGCCAACUUAGCGCCAGUCUUAGCCUUAAAUACACCCAAUGGCUUGGCCUCCAAAGCCUUCUACAUUUCCAUUCCUUCUACAUUCUUCUUUUGAGUUAAACUAUAAUGGUCUCCAAUUAUGAUGCCAGCCUCCUAUAAAUUGUGUCCAGUCCAUCAGGAUUCAAUAUCUCAGUUACAAAUUAAAUUAGUUUAGAUAACUAUCAAAACUGGCCAAUUCUGCUGAAUGGUUAUCCAAUUGUAAAUUAAUACAGAAUCUCACUUUCUACAGACACUGUCUGAUCUGCUGGGCAUUCUCCUUUGUCCUCCGUUCACUGCACCAUCUCUGUGCAUUUCACAGAUAAUGUAUGCCCCACUUUUAUCUCUCUGUUCCCUCAUCAAUGUAUGUAGCAAUGUAUCACUACAGCAAUUCCCACCUCACCCUUUCAGAGAUAUUUCCUAUGUCCUAUCCAUUUCCCUCCCACCCUUGCAAAAUUAACUUUUCUUACUUUGCCAGUUCUGAUGAAGGGUUUUCAGUCUCCUUCUUAUUUCACAGAUUCUGACUAACCUGUUAGGCAUUUCCAGCACCUUCUAUCUUUACUGCAUAUUGGAAUGUCUUUAAGUUUUCUGGAUCUUUACUAACUGGGCAAUGUAUGCUGCACUCAUCAGCCUUUCCAAUAUUUACUGUCUUGCACUUUUAUGAUCAUCUACAACUGCUAAUGGAAUUUGUUCACUCUUUUAUAAAUCGCAUACAAGCCUGAUGUGGGAUGUGAUUUAUCCACUGAAUUUUGCAGUCGGUGCUUUAACUUAUCAUUCCCGCCUCCUUCCACUCAAAAAUUUAUACCACUGCAGAAUUACAGUGAUGUUGCCUCCACAAAUGUUUAAUGAUUGUUAUCCAUUCCACUUGAUGAAAAAUAUUUCUCACCCUCCUUAAUCCUUCUCACUAUGUGAGUUAAUCCAACUCUACUUUAGUCGACAGUACCAGCGACACAAGCCAAGAUUCUCUUCAGCAACACACACAAAAUGCUGGGGGAAUUAAGCAGGUCAAGCAGCAUCUAUGGAAAAGAAUAAACAGUCGCCGUUUCAGGCUGAGACCUUUCAUGAGUCUUGAAGAAGGGUGUCAGCCCAAAAC